UCUCAUCCACGUCAGAGUACCUACAAUUCCACCCAUUCCAUAAGAAAACAAAAAGCACAAUAGUACUUUCCUCACUGCCCGUGGACUUGUUCCUACGCGGCCCAGCAAGAUUCCUUCCGGCUUUCAAGCAAAUUUCCUAGAAAAAGUGAAAUAGCACCCCCUAGCAUAAAAGAAGAACUCGUUCGACACUUUUCAACUCUCAUCCACGCAAUGGACCCCCGCGUCAUCGGCGUCCUCGGCGGUGGCCAACUGGGCCGCAUGCUUGUUGAGGCCACAAAUCGCCGCAACAUCAAAGUCCACAUCCUCGACGCCCCAUCCGCACCCGCAAAACAGAUUUCAGCCCACGACUCGCACAUAGAAGGCUCCUUCAAAGACGCAGCCAAAAUCCGCGAGCUGGCAAAGAGCUGCGAUGUCGUGACCGUCGAGAUCGAGCACGUGGACACGGACGUCCUAGAAGAAAUCGCAAACGAGGGCGUCAAGGUGGAGCCGAGCUGGAAGGUGCUCCAGCUUAUCAAAGACAAGUUCUCGCAGAAGGCGUUUUUGGGUCGGCAUGGGGUGCCGACGGCGGAGAGUGUGGAUUUGGGGGUCAUGGGGGUGGACGAGGUGAAGGAGGUGGGAAAGAGGUUGGGGUAUCCGUUUAUGCUCAAGAGUAAGACGGAGGCGUAUGAUGGCCGUGGGAACUACGUGGUGAAGAGCGAAGGUGAUGUUGAGGAGGGUAUCAAGGCUUUGGGAGCACGGCCGCUGUAUGCAGAGCGCUGGGCGGAGUUUGAGAUGGAGCUCGCGGUUAUGGUGGUCAAGACGAAGGAUGGCACGCUUUCUUAUCCGACAGUCGAGACUGUGCAUGAGGACAGUAUCUGCAAGCUUGUAUACGCACCUGCGAGGCGGGUGAGUCCGGCAACAGCCAAGCGCGCGCAAGAGAUGGCAGAGAAAGCCGUGGGAGCAUUUGAAGGCAAGGGCGUGUUCGGAGUCGAGAUGUUCCUGCUGAAGAAUGGGGAAUUGCUUGUCAACGAGAUUGCGCCACGACCGCACAACUCGGGACACUACACCAUCGAGGCGUGUCCGAUAUCACAGUACGAUGCGCAUGCCAGAACGAUACUAGACCUACCUGUUCCAAAGGAGGGGCUGGAGUUGAGAUGUCCGGCGAUCAUGCUGAACAUACUGGGAGGUAAGACGACCGACUCCCAUGUAGACAUUGCAAAGAAGGCCGACGAAGUGGGAGGAGCAACGACGCAUCUCUAUGGAAAGGGAGAGGCGAGGAAAGGCCGAAAGAUGGGCCAUGUGACAGUCACGGCGCCCACAAUGAGCGAGGCCGAGAACAGGAUCCAACCUCUAAUCGACGCUGUCGACGAGCAGUUAGGGAAGCACACUGAUGCUAAGAGGUCUACCGAGCGGCCCGUGGUCGCGGUAGUUAUGGGCUCAGACUCAGAUAUGCCGGUCCUCAGAGCAUGCUUCCAGAUUCUCGAAAGGUUCGCUAUCCCAUACCAAGCACGCAUUACUUCCGCCCACCGAACACCAGAUUGGAUGCGCCAGUUCGCCAAAUCCGCGAAAGACGAGGGAUUUAAGGUCAUUAUUGCAGCCGCUGGUGGUGCUGCCCAUCUUCCGGGCAUGGCGGCCUCGUGGACUACGCUCCCGGUCAUAGGCGUACCAGUUGCUGCGAGCCAUCUCGACGGUCUGGAUAGUCAAUGGAGCAUGACUCAAAUGCCCAGAGGAGAGCCUGUAGCCACGGUUGGUAUCGACAACUCCACCAAUGCGGCGCUGUUAGCAGCGAGAGUGCUGUCGGUCUCAGAUCCACGCAUUGCGACCUUGCUGCGGGAAUACGCGGAGAAUAACGUUACUGAGGUGAUGGCAAAGGACGCAGAGUUGCUGAAGCUAGGUCCUCUGCAAUACCUAUCGAAGAUGGGGAAAUGAGGAGUGCUGGUCGAUGUACAAAUAGCAAUACACCCUUUAUGAACGCACA